CUAAUUUAAAGUUAAAGCUGAUAAUGAAGAAAGAACAAAUUUAAAUGAGGAGAGUUUCAAUUCGCGAAGAUCUCAGAAAAUUCGGUCAAAAUUGAGACUUCUCUCUGUAGAGUAAAGUAGUGAGGAACAUAGAAUGAUCGCCGACGACGAUGAGAAGUGGCUUGCCGCCGCAAUCGCCGCCGUUAAGCAAAAUGCUUUCUAUAUGCAGCGCGCUAUCGACUCCAACAAUCUCAAAGACGCUCUAAAGUUUUCUGCUCAAAUGCUCAGCGAGCUUCGUACUUCCAAGCUUUCUCCUCAUAAAUACUAUGAACUCUAUAUGCGAGUUUUUAAUGAAUUGGGGACUUUGGAGAUAUUCUUCAAGGAAGAGACGGGACGUGGUUGCUCCAUCGCAGAGCUCUACGAGUUAGUUCAGCAUGCCGGUAACAUUUUGCCAAGAUUGUAUCUUUUAUGUACCAUAGGAUCUGUAUAUAUCAAAUCCAAGGAUGUUACUGCUACGGAUAUACUUAAGGAUCUUGUUGAAAUGUGUCGAGCUGUUCAACAUCCCUUGCGUGGUCUUUUCUUGAGAAGUUAUCUUGCUCAAGUUACUAGGGAUAAGUUACCCAGCAUUGGUUCUGACUUGGAAGGAGAUGGUGAUGCACACAUGAAUGCUUUAGAGUUCGUGCUUCAAAAUUUUACCGAGAUGAACAAAUUAUGGGUUCGAAUGCAACAUCAGGGACCUAGUCGGGAGAAAGAAAAACGUGAGAAAGAAAGGAAUGAACUACGUGAUCUUGUUGGUAAGAACCUUCAUGUACUGAGUCAGUUAGAAGGUGUUGACCUUGGAAUCUACAGAGAUACUGUUCUUCCUAGAAUACUGGAGCAGGUUGUCAACUGUAAGGAUGAACUUGCACAGUGCUACCUUAUGGAUUGCAUUAUUCAAGUCUUUCCUGAUGAUUUUCACCUUCAAACUCUCGAUGUAUUAUUGGGAGCUUGUCCACAACUUCAGCCGUCUGUUGAUAUCAAGACGGUUCUUUCGGGUCUAAUGGAAAGGCUUUCGAACUAUGCUGCAUCCAGUGUGGAAGCAUUGCCUAAUUUCCUGCAAGUAGAAGCCUUUUCAAAGUUAAAUUAUGCCAUUGGGAAGGUUGUAGAAGCACAGGCGGACUUGCCGGCCGCAGCAUCUGUAACAUUGUAUUUGUUUCUUCUAAAAUUCACUCUCCAUGUCUAUUCCGAUCGUCUGGACUAUGUGGACCAAGUUUUGGGAUCAUGUGUUACUCAACUAUCUGCCACAGGAAAGCUUUGUGAUGACAAGGCAGCAAAACAGAUCGUCGCAUUUCUUAGCGCUCCAUUGGAAAAGUAUAAUAAUGUAGUAACUAUCUUGAAGCUUACCAACUAUCCUCUAGUAAUGGAAUACCUUGACCGUGAGACAAACAAAGCAAUGGCAAUCAUUCUAGUUCAGAGCGUUUUUAAAAAUAAUACUCACAUUGCUACUGCUGAUGAGGUCGAUGCAUUGUUUGAACUGGCAAAGGGUCUCAUGAAGGAUUUUGACGGAACAAUUGAUGAUGAGAUUGAUGAAGAAGAUUUCCAGGAAGAGCAGAACCUUGUUGCACGGCUUGUUAACAAGCUCUACAUUGAUGAUCCAGAAGAAAUGUCUAAGAUUAUUUUCACUGUAAGGAAGCACAUCGUGGCUGGAGGACCUAAGCGUUUGCCUUUAACUAUACCACCCCUUGUCUUUUCCGCGCUCAAGUUAAUUCGGCGACUGCGAGGUGGAGAUGAAAACCCAUUUGGAGAUGAUGCAUCAGCAACACCGAAGAGAAUUCUACAGCUGUUAAGCGAGACGGUGGAAGUUCUAUCUGAUGUUUCCGCACCUGAUUUGGCAUUGCGCCUCUACUUGCAGUGUGCUCAGGCAGCAAAUAACUGUGAGUUAGAAACAGUUGCUUAUGAGUUCUUCACAAAGGCAUAUCUUCUGUAUGAAGAAGAAAUUUCAGAUUCAAAGGCACAAGUAACAGCACUACGUUUAAUAAUAGGGACACUCCAGAGGAUGCGUGUAUUUAAUGUUGAGAACAGAGAUACUCUGACUCACAAGGCGACAGGGUAUUCUGCAAGACUCCUAAGGAAGCCAGAUCAGUGUAGAGCUGUUUAUGAAUGUGCGCAUCUCUUCUGGGCUGACGAAUGCGAGAACCUGAAAGAUGGAGAGAGGGUUGUGCUUUGCCUGAAGAGGGCACAAAGGAUUGCAGAUGCUGUUCAACAAAUGGCCAACGCAUCCCGUGGUACCAGUAGCACUGGGUCGGUGUCUCUAUAUGUCGAACUGCUGAACAAGUAUCUCUACUUCCUGGAGAAAGGAAACCAACAAGUAACAGGCGAUACAAUCAAGAGCUUAGCUGAAUUAAUCAAAAGCGAGACAAAGAAGGUUGAGUCAGGCGCAGAGCCAUUCAUAAAUAGUACUCUACGUUACAUCGAGUUUCAGAGACAGCAAGAAGAUGGUGGCAUGAAUGAGAAAUACGAGAAAAUCAAAAUGGAAUGGUUUGAAUGAAUUUAUUUCUUGCAUUCUGUUAGGCAAAUCAUCAAUAAUCAAUGGCUUCUCGUCUUGUUGCAGAAGCAUGAAGAGUAAUCUUGAGAAAUAAAACUUGUAUCAUUACUUUUCAUUUCCUAGUUACACUCUCUACCAAUAAACAUGUUUGCAAAGUUUAAAACAGUAACAUACAAAAUAUGGUCAGCUGAAGAAAUGGUGGGAAUGAAAACUGAUUCAAAACAUGUGGUGUUUGUGUGGAAUUAUGCAUAGGACUGAAUCGUAGAAGCAAAAGAAACGUUGAUUCCGACAAACUCCAUUAAUAUU